AUGGUGGAUCGAGUCUUUGCCCGACAACUAGGUCGAAAUGUUGAAGCCUAUGCGGAUGACAUCCUAAUCAAAAGUACAGAGACACAUGCACAUUUAGAAGAUCUACGCGAGACUUUUGAUACCCUACGAGGAUACAACCUGCGCCAUAAUCCAAAAAAGUGCGUCUUCGGGGCCACCGCAGGGAAGUUUCUUGGAUUCAUGGUGAAAAGACGUGGAAUCGAGGUUAACCCUAGGCAAAUUGAAGCGAUUCUCCAGAUGACAUCACCUAGAAAGCAUAAAGAAGUACAGGUUCUAACAGGAAGGAUUGCGGCACUCAAUCGAUUCAUUUCACGAGCUGGGGAUCGGUGUGCCCCUUUCUUCAACACCCUAAAAGGAGCUGGAAAAACCUUUCAGUGGACUCCUGAAUGUGAGAAAGCUUUCACAGAACUUAAGGAGUACUUGGUGAAUCCCCCAAUACUCUCAUGUCCAGUCAACAACGAGACAUUGUACAUGUACUUUGCUGUCUCCUCCAAGGCUGUGAGUGCUGUACUCGUUCGCCGAGAUACAGACAAUACAGAGCAUCCUAUUUACUACACUUGUAAGACCUUGUUAGAUGCUGAAACAAGAUACUCUCCUGUAGAGAAAGUCGCCCUAGCUGUGAUGGUUGCCACUCGAAAGCUGCGUCCGUACUUCCAAUGCCACCCCAUAUGUAUACUCUCUCAACUGCCUUUACGUCGUCUACUUCAGCGGAUGGAUGUUGCUGGUAGAAUGGUGAACUGGGUCAUCGAGCUUAGUGAAUACGAUAUCACUUUCCUCCCUCGCACCGCCAUCAAGUCCCAAGUUUUAGCUGACUUUGUUGCAGAAGGUGUUCGAGCAUGUCUCCCGCCAGAAACAGAGACUUGGAGAUUGUACGUUGAUGGUGCAUCUAGUAAAACUGGAUCCAGAGCAGGAGUUUUGCUCAUCAGCCCUCUCGGAGUCACUCAUGAAUUGGCAAUUCGCUUUGCCAGCACCAUGACGAACAAUGCCACCGAGUAUGAAGCCCUCCUAGCGGGACUGAUUAUGGCUCAAGAAUUGGGCAUUCAACGAAUUAGGGUCCACUCCGACUCUGCCCUAGUUGUCAAUCAAGUGCAGGGGGCAUACGAGGUACGAGAACCCGCGCUUGUACCAUACUCCAAUGCCGCUCGUAUGGCGCUCUCUGAGUUUCACAUAUCUCGUGAGGAUAAUCUUCAUGCAGACGCAUUAUGA